AUGUCGGUUCUACAAGGUCUCCUGGCGACCUCUACGCGGCGGGUGGUGGCGGUUGCUAGCUUUGCUGUACUUCUGCUUACGGCCCCAUUCCUCUACUUUGCUUUUACGUUGUACCCUUUCUGGGUCAAUGAUCCUAAUACCUUCGUGCCUGGUUCCAGCGUUGUUUCCGGUGAUAGACUCGUCGGUUUUAACGAUAGUCACUAUCCUAGUGCCGAUGGGCAGUCGGAUCAGAGCAUCUUGGAAGAGAGCGACAGUGAUGCGUUUGCGCUACAUCCAAAUGAUCACAUAUUUCGGAAACCGCAGACGAUUCGCAUGGCAUGGGACGUUACCAUGGAGGAGCGCGCUCCAGAUGGGGUUAAGAAAAUGGUCUAUUUAAUAAACGGGCAGUUUCCAGGCCCAACUAUCGAAGCUCGAUCUGGAGAUGAGCUUGUGAUCAAUGUUUAUAACUCCAUAUCCAACGGCGACAAUGAUGGAAUUUCAAUCCACUGGCACGGACUUUCAAUGAAAGGGGCCAAUCAUAUGGAUGGCGUAGUAGGCCUGACGCAGUGUGCCAUUGGUCCAUCAGAGAACUUCACAUAUCAGUUCCGAAUUGAUGAGUCCCAGUCCGGAACAUUCUGGUACCAUGCCCAUGCGGGACUUCAGCGAGCCGAUGGGCUCUUCGGUGGACUUGUGGUACACAAACCGACUGAUCCAGGAAUGGAAUCCGAUUUGUCGACGUACCAGUACGAGACAGAAAAGCUUCUACUUGUGGGAGACUGGUAUCAUCAACAAGCUGACGCUGUGUUUAAUUGGUACCAAGAUUCGAGGCACUAUGGGAAAGAGCCUGCACCAGACUCCUUCCUUAUUAAUGGUGAGGGCUCGUUCAACUGUUCGGCGGCUGUCAAGGCACGGCCAGUCCUCUGUCAUUCGGUUCCAAAACCAUCAAUAAGGCUCGCAGACACAGAUCGUGUGAGAGUCAGAGUAGUCAACACUGGGGUUUCCUCCGGCCUCACUCUAUCUAUUUCACAAGGAGCCAUGAGUCUCAUCACCGUCGACGGUGGAAACCCGGUUGGAAAUACUCCAAUUGCAGCUGUAAUGGGUGUUCUUUACCCUGGUGAGCGCAUGGAUAUUAUUCUUGAUAAUUCUCUGCAUGAGAAUACGCAAGGUCAUUCGGGGAUUAGGCAUUUGGGCCGAGAAACCGAGCUCACAUUUGCUUUGGACGGGGAAAAUAUGCAAAUUGAAAACUACGCUCUUACGCGGAUUCAAUCCUUUCCUCUCGUGUGGAACGAGAGACCGAUGGGUACGUCAUGGCGAGAAACAAAAGUGAAACCCAGUCCAACAUCACAUAUCCUUCUUUCGGAGGUAUCAGGACUUCCCGCAACUUCUAGCUCAAAUUUUCCUGAGAAACCUAUGGAAACCUCCGUGCUGUACACUGCAAUGCAGAUUCGCUCCUCGUUUCACAAUCGACCCGUAGGCAUCGUGAACCACACGUCGUGGAUGAUUGAGGAUCCGAAGGGAAAACCACUCCUUGCGCUGGACCCCAAAGACUGGGCCAAGGCUACGAAGCAGCCAAGUUCAAUCCAGAGCCUGCAUGUUCCUUGGUAUCAACAAUCCGGGGAUAAUAGAUGGAUUGACCUGGUAUUAAAUAACAUGGAUGAUAAAGGGCAUCCUUUUCACUUACAUGGAUACGAAUUUUACGUUCUUGCCGUACAAUCUACGACACAAUUCGGAGGAUACAAUCCAUUUGAUGCUGCUUCAGUAGACCAGGCGGGACCUGUGAACGUGCUGAAUCCUCUGCGCAAAGAUACUGUUUACGUCCCACGAAGGGGGUAUGCUAUUCUGCGGUUUCCUUUGAAUAAUGAUGGAUUGUGGCUUCUUCACUGCCACGUAUUGCUACACCAGGCCGCGGGUAUGGGCAUGGUCCUUCGCAUCGGAGAGAUUGACCUAGAUGCAAAACAUAGCGCUUCUACAAUGUGUAAUAGAUAGAUACUGUGAGUAUAUCUAGUCGCUCUCGUCUUCUAGAAUUAGAAAGAUC